GGAGCGCCGUACUUAGAGAGCACUCCAACCAAACUCACUACUAGAAGUUUGUUGGAGAUGCUCUGAUCUUCUUCGCUUUCGGCCUCAACCGUCUUAAAUCUCGCACGCUGUUGAGCCAUGGCCCAUACUUAUUCUACUGACACGCACCGUACAAAACCACGAGCAACUUUGUGUCUCACUUCCCUUGUACCUUUCCUGCCCCCUCUCUCUUUCUCUCUCCACUGAUCACACCCGCUCCCUCUUUUAUUAUUUUCACCGAUCAAUUCAAUUCAAUCCAAUGCAGCGCCCUUUAUUGCUCCUUCCCCACCUCCCUCGUUCCCAUCGCCCAAAAAGAAAACCAGAUAAACAAAAUCACAACUCCCGAUGCCCCAAAUCAAUCGUCCAUUCUCCCCUUCAUCAAAACACGACAACAAUCACGCGGCAGUCUUUUAUCGAUCUCUUUUACUCGCCAACUCAAAAAGCCCAAGCCCAUCAUGGCCGCUUCCUCUUACCCUUCAUCAAAAAAGCCCAAGCGCCGCAGGCACAAAGAUAACACCUCUCCACCUCCGCCUCGGCGAGCUCCCCUGCCUCAUUCCGCCGACUGGGCCCCGGCUUGAUGCUCCCCCAUGGACUCCCCGGCCCCACCUACGCCGCCGCUCCUCCUCACGCCACCACCCGUCGAGCUACACGAAGUUCAACUCCGCCCUCAACGCCGGCCUUCUCAACCCAAUGUCCCCUCCUCCUACGCUCGACAAGCAAAUCUCUCGAUCGAGCCCAACCCUCUUCGAUAUGAUGGCCAACGAGCACGAUUACCACCCCAGAUCCAACCCGAACCCGGCUCAAAACCCAAACCGCCAGCUUCUCCUCCAAGAUCGGAUUGCUGAGAUCCUGGCCACCUCGAGCCCCGGCAACCAGUUCAACGACCUCGACUCGAGCGACGUGCGCCUGACUCUCAGCUCGAAGGACGGCCUUGUCUUUUCCCUCAACGUCCACCGCCAGAUUCUGGUUGCCCACAGCAGGUUCUUCGCCGGGAAGCUCUCCGAUCGCUGGUCGAAGCAGCAGCGGUCUCUGCCGCAUUUGGUCGAGAUCUCCGACUGCGACGAUGUCGAGGUCUACAUCGAGACGCUGCGCCUGAUGUACUGCAGGGAUUUGCGGAGGCGGCUGAUGAGGGAGGACGUGAGCAAGGUGCUUGGCAUCUUGAAAGUCUCGGCUGCGAUCUGUAUUCAGAAUGGCCUGAGGUGGUUUGUUGAAGCUUCUCGGAUUCCGGAAUAUGACGUUCGUCAGAUCGCCGAUGAGUUCCUCCGAACUUGGGCCGCGCAAACGGAGCUAUCUUCGAUGCACGCAAAAAUCCCAGCGAUGUAUAGGUACGAGGUGAGCCGAGUAACGGCGAGAUUGCUCGUUGGAAUCGGAAAGGGGCAGAUUUUGGUUUCGAAAGAGGUUCGGUGCCUGCUGCUGAGGACUUGGCUUGAGGCCUUUUACGAGGAUUUUGGAUGGAUGAGGAGGGCUUGCAAAUGAUUGGAUCGGCACUCGAUUGAGGAUGGAUUGGGGAAUACCAUACUGACGUUGCCGAUGGCGAUGCAGCAGGAGAUAUUGCUGGCUUGGUUCGAUCGGUUCCUGAACUGCGGAGACGACUGUCCAAAUAUUCAAAGGGGAUUUGGGGAAUUGAAGAGGGAAAGCCAAUUGAUGAUUCUCCUGAAGAAAAGACCACUGAGGAGAUUCCUCCUCUUCUACGGAAACCGUUUCAAGAUUGCUUUCAAGAAUCGCUAUGGAGGGAACGGGCACAUGGAGAACAACUGCAGGCGUCGUCCGAUUCCUACAGGAAUGGGUGUAGGCAUUCAAAAAUGUCAAAAAUUCGAAAUGUGA